AUGAAGCUCGAGGCGCUGGCCGUGGCGCUGGCCUUUACAGCCUGCACCGUCCUCGCCGCGCCCAGCAACGCCAUGGCCGAGGCGCAGAACGGAGUCGGCGUCGGGCACAUGUUGGAGACGGACUUGCACGGGAUGCUGAAGCGGGGCACGCAGGUCUUCUGCCCGCCAAAGCUCUGCGGCGGGCACGACUGCAAGCGCGAUUUGAACAGGAAGCGCGGCGUCCGGGGCUCUCAUAGGUCACCGUUUUGCUGGUUUUGCCCGCAAAAGGACUGUGGGGGUGCCGAUGAGGACAAGGACGAUGGCGAUGAGCUUGGAGAGGGUCCCGGGAGGGGCCUCCUCCUCCGCGCCCCAACGGUCCCCCUCCUAUUCCGACCCGGCGCCCGGCUCGUCUUCCUGUUCCGACUCGACGCCCGAACGGCCCGCCUGUGCCGACUCGACGCCCGCAUGGCCCGCCUGUGCCGACUCAGCGUCCGGGCCACCAUUCCUAGUCACCGGACGGACGCCACCGGACGAAUGCCGUAG